UCGCUUUCGUGUGCAUCCCUUUCUUUUUCUUCUCUCAUCCUUCUCGUUUACCAUCUAUUUCUUCAUUUCUCCUCGUUCUCUGCUUUAUUCUCUCACUUCUGAACAGGGUUUUGGGCGAUUUCUAGAGAGAGAAAGCGAAAAUGGCAGAUAAGCCAAGCAGAGGAUUGAUUUUAUACGGAGAUGGACUCAUGCCCUUUCUCUCUCCUUCUCAUUCCCACAUUCACUCUCUCGCUUCUCGUGCCUCCUGUGGCUUUCUCGCACUAAGAGAUCCUCCACCAACAGUUUUUAUGCUCUUGGUUAAAGAAGCAAAUGAGGAAAACUCCUUGCCACAAGAAAGCGAGGAUGAUAGAGUAAUUAGAGAUCUAGCACAGCUGCUGGAUGUGUAUGACAUCUAUAAUAUAAAGGAUGAUGAUUUUAUAAAUCCCAGUGUUGACUUUCUUAAACAGUUCCCUGUACCAACAAUAUCAGAAAGGUUUAUGGGUAUGCGAGCUACCUUAUUUACAAAUUGUGCGACCACCCAAUCUUUUGGAACAAAACUCGGAUUCAAUGUAAAAGAUUUUGAUGAGUUGAUGAAGAUUGGUUCAGACAAUCUCCAAUCUGAAAAUAUUCCUAGCUCUUUGUCUUCUGCAGCUAGAUUGUUAAUGUUGCUAGGGCUUGAAGAUAGGAAGGUAGCAGAAACAAGUGAAUAUGAUUUGGUGCUUUUGCAUGUGAGAAGAGCUGGUACAGCAACCAUCAAGAAGGAAAAUCUCAAUGACGAGCUUGAAUGGCUCAAUAAAUUGGUUGGUGAGAUAACGCAUAUUGCUGAACCUGGAUCACCCAUUGCUUCUCAUUUACACUUGUCUCUUGUAUUAAGUUAUGGGUCUCCUCUCCUAAACGGAGAUUCUAGUUCCUUGAAUUCACUUGCCCUAAAGGAGAUGCACCCCAAUCUUUCAUUGCUUCGUCCUUGCCAAAGUUACACCAUGAAAGGAGGUCGCAUAUUAAAUGGCAUAAGGCAUCAUCAUCCAAUGCUAGUAGCGCAGUGGCAGGAGGCUGUUACCAGGAAGGAUAUGGCUCGUCUGUUCUCAUUUCAAGAAUUUAAGGAGGUACAUGCUUCAUUUAGUUCUAAUUUGUAUGCUAUGGGGAGUUGUGAUUAUUUGGCUUCAAGAAUCUUGUGGAUAUUGUAGUUAAUGUUCCUGAGAAAUGGAAUGUGCCCUGUUUUUACUCUUACCGUGGAUGGAAUGGC